UCAACCUACUUUUACUUGUUUUUGACUUAAAACAAUUAGGGUUAAAAUUAGGGUUUAAUUAUUUAAUCCCUGAUGAAGAAAACCUUUCCCACCACCAACCACCGCACCACCACCCGGCAUGACUCUUAUCUCCGCCGUCAACCACCGUGGCGAGCUGACCAUCACUGGAACCCCAGAUUCCAAUCCAACCACCUCUAUUAUCGCCCCCGCCUCCCCUAUUUCAUCGUCAACCUCCGCCUCACCCACCGCCUUAACCUCCGCCGUGAAGAGAUCGAGACCCUGAUCGCCGAUUGCAAACCAAAUCCUGACAAAUUUUCAUUCCAACCAAACGAAAGCAUCACUGCUUCUCUCAAUUUCAAUAACGGAACAGAUGCGAUCAGCGCCGUCGUUUGGUUCUGGGAAUCACGUUUAUCAGAAUGCCGUCACGAAUUAUCGCCCGAGUUCAUCGAAAUGAACUCCGACAAUUCCAAACACGGAGACGAACUCAAAGCUCGUCUCCGAAGCGUAUUCAUGAGCCAUGUGAAAGAACUAAUGGAAGGAAAAGAAAUAAACCGUUGGAUAAAAGAAUGGGAUCGUUUAUCAAAAGAGAUUAAAGAAGUUAAUAGCUUAUUAGGUAAACCUUUUCCAGUUAGGGUUCAAGAUGAGAAUAUUGAUAGAAAAAAAAUGCUUGAUGGUGAAAAAAAUUUGGUUGAGAAAAGAUUAAAGGAAUUUGAAUAUGCUAUGGAGAAUAUUUUGAUGUAUUUAGAAGAAAAUAAUAAUAAUAAUGAUGAUGAUGAUGAUGUUAAUGUGAUUAGGUUUGGUGAAAGGUUUGAUUGGGAGAAGAUUUGUAAUUUUAUUGUUAGGGAAAGGAGGAGACUUGAAGAUGGUUUGCCUAUUUAUGCUUAUAGGAAGGAAAUUCUUCAGCAAAUAUAUCAUCAACAGAUAACAGUGUUGAUUGGAGAGACAGGUUCUGGGAAGAGUACUCAAUUAGUGCAGUUUCUUGCUGAUUCGGGUGUUGGGGCCAAUGAGUCAAUUGUGUGCACUCAGCCUCGCAGGAUUGCUGCAAAAUCAUUGGCUGAAAGGGUCCGGGAAGAAAGUGGUGGAUGUUAUGAAGACAGUUCAAUCAAGUGUUAUUCUUCAUUUUCAUCUUGGAACAAGUUCGAUUCCAGGAUAAUCUUCAUGACAGAUCAUUGUUUAUUGCAGCACUACAUGAGUGAUAAAAAUUUUACUGGGAUUUCGUGUAUUAUAGUGGACGAGGCUCAUGAAAGGAGUAUAAAUACUGAUUUACUGUUGGCAUUGAUAAAGAAUUUACUUUCUAAGAGGGUUGAAAUGCGGCUUAUCAUCAUGUCUGCCACAGCUGAUGCAAAGCAGUUAUCUGAUUACUUCUAUGGUUGUGGAAUUUUUCGUGUGCCAGGGAGAAACUUCCCUGUGGAGGUGAGAUAUGUUCCAUCUGAAUAUGAAGGACGAUCUCAUUCUUCUGUUGUGGACCCUUAUGUUUCCGAUGUUGUUAAAAUGGCAACUGAAAUUCAUAGAACAGAGAAAGAAGGAACUAUUCUUGCCUUUCUUACAUCACAGUUAGAUGUAGAAUGGGCUUGUGAAAAGUUUGAAGCCCCCUCUGCAGUAGCUUUGCCCUUGCAUGGAAAACUUUCGUCUGAAGAGCAAUUUCAUAUUUUCAAGAACUAUCCUGGAAAAAGAAAAGUGAUAUUUUCAACGAAUGUCGCAGAGACAUCACUUACAAUUCCUGGUGUUAAGUAUGUGAUAGAUUCUGGAUUGGUUAAAGAUAGUCGUUUUGAUCCUAGCAGUGGGAUGAAUGUACUUAAGGUUUGCUGGAUCAGCCAGAGUUCUGCUAAGCAACGGGCUGGUCGUGCUGGGAGGACCGAGCCUGGUAGAUGCUAUAGACUGUACUCAGAAGCUGAUUAUCAGUCUAUGGAAACAAAUCAAGAUCCCGAAAUUCGAAGAGUUCAUCUUGGCGUAGCAGUUUUGAAGAUCCUUGCUUUAGGGGUGAAGAAUGUCCAGGAUUUCGAUUUUGUGGAUGCUCCAUCCACUAGCUCUAUUGAGAGGGCAAUCGGGAAUCUAAUUCAAUUAGGAGCCAUUAAACUCAACAAUGAUGUUUAUGAAUUAACUCCUGAAGGUAGGCGCUUAGCAAGAAUGGAGAUUGAACCUAGGCUUGGUAAACUCAUUCUUGGUUGUUUCCAAUAUACCUUGGGUAGGGAAGGCAUUGCCCUAGCUGCCAUGAUGGCCAAUGCUAGAAGCGUAUUUUGCAGAGUUGGUAAUGAAGGUGAUAAGCAAAAAUCUGAUUGUCAGAAAGUGCAAUUUUGCCAUUGCGAGGGUGACCUUUUUACUCUUCUCUCUGUGUACAUGGAAUGGGAAGUCCAGCCUCAAAAUUGGAAGAAUAAAUGGUGUUGGGAAAACAGCAUCAAUGCCAAAUCUAUGAGGAGAUGCCAAAACACAUUUUUGGAGUUAGAAUCUUGCCUAGAGAGUGAACUUGGCCUUGUUGUUCCAAGUUACUGGCGCUGGGACCCUCAUAACCCUUCUAUUCACGAUAAGAACAUGAAAAAGGCUAUACUGUCCUCACUUUCUGAAAAUGUAGCCAUGUACUCUGGACGCAAUCAACUUGGUUACAUAGUAGCUCAAACGGAGAAACAUGUUCAACUACAUCCAUCUUGUUCCUUGCUUGUAUUUUCCCAGAGGCCUAGUUGGGUGGUUUUUUAUGAGCUUCGUUCAGAGUCUAAUGAAUAUUUGUUCUGUGUGAGUGCUGUUGACUUUCAAUCAUUAUACAGCCUUAAACCUCCUCCCUUGUUUGAUGUAUCCAAGAUGGAAGAGCAGAAGUUGCAAACAAAGACGCUGGUUGGUUUUGGCAAACAUGUUCUCAAGAGAUUUUGUGGGAAAGGAAAUUUGCUCGGUCAUGUUUCUCGUAUUAGGAAAGCUUGUAUGGAUGAAAGAAUAUUUGUUGACGUGAAUUUUGACGAGAACCACAUUCAGUUGUAUGCCUGUUCCAAUGAUAUGAAUACAGCUAGUAAGCUGGUGAAUGAUGUUUUACAAUAUGAGAAGAAGAGGUUACACACUGAAUGUAUGGAAAAAUGUUUGUAUCAUGGGUUUGGUUCCUCAUCACCCGUGGCUAUGUUUGGCUCUGGUGCUGAGAUAAAGCAUUUGGAACUUGAGAAGCUUCCCUUGAGUGUUGAUGUGUUUCACCCAAACGUAAAUGCAAUUGACGAAAUGGAGCUCCUGAUGUUUUUUGAGAAAAAUACUUCUGGUUGUAUAUGUGACAUGCAAAAGUUCACAGGCAUGGUGAAAGAUGUUGAGGAUAAAGCAAAAUGGGGCAAGAUAACAUUUAUGACCUCCAAUGCUGCCAAAAGAGCUGCUGAGCUGGAUGGAGAAGAGUUUUGUGGUUCGCCCCUAAAAAUAGUUCAUUCACAGUCAGCUAUGGGAGGGGAUACAACAUUUUCAUUUCCUGCAGUUGAAGCAAGAAUUUCUUGGCUUCGUAGGCCUAUCAAAGCAGUUGGCAUAAUCAAAUGUGAUAAAAAUGACGUGGAUUUCAUCAUUAGAGAUUUUGAAAACCUCAUCGUAGAUGGAAGAAGGUAUGUUCGUUGUGCUCCCAGUGAUAAGUAUUUGGACAACAUUCUUAUAACUGGGCUUGACAAAGAGGUUCCUGAGACUAAAAUUUUGGAUAUACUAAGAUCUGCUACUAGUAGAAGGAUUCUAGAUUUUUUCUUUAAGAGAGGAGACGCUGUUGAAAAUCCACCAUGCAGUAUGAUUGCAGAGACAAUAUUAAAAGAAAUCUCCCCCUUAAUGCCCAAAAAAAAACCUCACAUUAGUUCUUGCCGUGUUCAGGUGUUUCCACCUAAGCCGAAGGAUUAUUCGAUGAAUGCUUUAAUUCAUUUUGAUGGAAGAUUACAUUUAGAAGCAGCAAAAGCUUUGGAGAAAAUUGAUGGAAAGGUGUUGCCCGGAUUUCAUUCUUGGCAGAAGAUAAAGACCCAGCGUUUGUUUCACAGCACCUUGAUAUUUUCUCCUCCAGUGUAUCAUGUGAUUAAGGGACAACUGGAAAAAGUGCUGGCACGUUUCAACAAUUUAGAAGGUCUUGAGUGGAAACUAGACAUAACUCCUAAUGGCUCCCACCGAGUGAAAAUAACAGCCAAUGCCACAAAGACGGUGGCAGAAGGUAGGAGACUUCUGGAAGAACUGUGGAGAGGGAAAGUCAUUGUCCACGACAACCUCACCCCUGCCACUCUACAGCCCAUAUUGUCCAAAGAUGGUUCUAGUCUUACAAGCUCAAUACAGAAAGCGACUUCAACUUACAUUCAAUUUGAUAGGCGCAACAUGAAGUUACGGAUAUUUGGUUCGCCGGACAAGAUUGCUUUGGCUGAGAAAAAGUUAAUUCAAUCUCUCUUGUCCCUCCAUGACGAAAAACAGUCAGUAAUCUGUCUGAGUGGAAGGGACCUACCUUCUGAUUUUAUGAAGCAAGUGGUUAAGAAUUUCGGGCCAGAUCUUCAUGGACUAAAAGAGAAGGUACCCGGGGCAGAUCUUAGGCUUAACACACGCAACCGGACAAUCCUUUGUCAUGGUAACUCGGAGUUGAAAUCAAGAGUGGAGGAAAUAACUUUUGAGAUUGCACGUUUAAGCAAUCCUUCAAGCGAGAGAUUUGACACUGGACCUAGUUGCCCAAUUUGCUUGUGUGAGGUUGAGGAUGGAUAUCAGCUUGAAGGUUGUGGUCAUUUGUUCUGCCAGUCAUGUAUGGUGGAGCAGUGUGAAUCUGCUAUAAAAAACCAAGGCAGUUUCCCAAUACGUUGUGCUCAUCAGGGCUGUGGAAAUCAUAUUUUGCUUGUAGAUUUCAGAACUCUCCUGUCAAAUGAUAAGUUGGAAGAACUUUUCAGGGCUUCUUUGGGAGCUUUUGUAGCCUCAAGUUCAGGAACCUAUAGGUUUUGUCCAUCUCCUGACUGCCCCUCAAUCUAUAGAGUUGCAGAUCCCGACACAGCUAGUGCGCCAUUUGUUUGUGGGGCAUGUUAUUCAGAGACUUGUACCAGGUGCCAUAUAGAGUAUCAUCCGUACGUUUCAUGUGAGAGAUACCGACAAUUCAAGGAUGACCCGGAUUCUUCUCUGAGGGAUUGGUGCAAAGGGAAAGAACAAGUUAAGAAUUGCCCGGCAUGUGGGCAUGUAAUUGAGAAGGUAGAUGGGUGCAAUCACAUUGAGUGCAAGUGUGGAAAACAUAUUUGCUGGGUUUGCUUAGAGUUCUUUACAACCAGCGGUGAAUGUUAUAGCCAUAUGGAUACUAUACACUUGGGCGUAGAUUAAAUUGCCAUUUCAUUUACAUAUGAAAAUUAGGUAUUUCUUGAGAAAAUUGAAGAUUAAAUAUGAAAAAGCAUAUAUACCAAGCUUCUUUUGCAAUUAACUGUUGCAGGUAUUUCUUGAGAAAAUUGAAAUAUGUGAAAGAAAAGCAAUGGGCAAGUGUUAGCCAUGAAUCAGUUUUCCUUUUGUUAGGUGAAUUGCUCCGUUGGAUUUUAUGCUUAGCGUUUGGCCUCUUUGUGGGGUUCUUUCUUUUUGUUUAUUCAUAAACAAAGCAUGGCUAGAAUCAAAGCCAUAAAUUGAAGUACACUGCAAAUCUGGCCGGGAAUGAGAUUUCGAUAUUGCCUCUACCUGCAUUUCAUGUUGUCAAUGGAAGCUCACAUGAACGAAACAAGUUGGAAAUGCAAGUAAUUUAAGAUGUCAUGACUUUUUCAACUUUAAGCUGGCAAUACAUCAAACAAUAGAAAUGUUGUUUCACUUUUAAGACCUAUUGAAGCAAAGUUCAAAGUGGAACAAAUUUGACAAUACAGGGAUAUGUUUUAUAUGAUUAAAAUAUAUUGGCAGGUCGCAUAUACUGUAAAAUGAAUGAA